AUGUGGAAAAAACAGUUAAAAAGCAAUUGCAGAGUACAAGAGGAGUUCCGCACAGAGCUCGACAUCCUCUCACGGCUCCGACACAAGCACAUCAUCCGCCUCCUUGGAUCGUGUGUGAGUAAGGACAAGCGCCACCAAACCGCCCUACAAAAGGAAAAGAGGGGUCUACUAGCAAGGUGGAGAAAGAAAAAUGGCACGCUCUUCGACCAGCUUCACCCUGAUCAAGGCUCCACCGCGCUGUCGCUGGUGACGAUGUCUUGGAAGAUACGCAUCGAUGUGCUUCUGGGUGUGUCCCGCGCCAUUGAGCACCUGCACUGUCAUCAUGCCCGCUUCCCGAUCAUCCACCGUGACAUCAAGUCGUCUAACAUCCUUUUGGACGCGAGUUGGUUGCCGCGUGUGUGUGACUUUGGUUUGUCCGUCACCUGGGAUGUGGCGAGUGAUGAGACAGGGCUCGAUGCCCCCUGCAUUGGAGGCACAUUCGGGUACAUGGCCCCAGAGUACGCCGGCGGUCUUUGUGUGAAGCCAGCGAUCGACGUGUACAGCCUGGGCGUGGUGAUGCUUGAGGUUCUGACAGGGAGAACUGCUUUUGACCAAGAGGAGGGUUAUUAUUGUUUAGCGGAGUUUGCGUCCUGCUCCCGCAUCAUCAAGGAUGGUAAUAUAGAGGAGUUGCUGGACAGGCGACCUGUACCGGAGCCAACGUCGUGGCAGCUGCAGGCACUGAAGCGUGUGGCGCUGAUUGCACGAUGUUGCAUGGAGUUUGACAUGAAUCACCGACCAGCCAUGACAAACAUCGUUGCCGAACUAGAGAUUGCAUACGAGUUGUUCUGCAGAGACGAGUCAGAUUCAGUUAACGAGUCAUCAGCAGGCUCCCAGUCCGAUCCGGUACACUAG